AAAAAGGUGGGUAGGGCUUAGGUCCUCCAAAUAGUGCGCACCCGGUAGCUUGCAGAGCCAGAUGUGAUGGAGACUGGUUCAUCCAGGCAGAGAUCGAGUGGAAGGUCUGUAAAGAAAGAGCGCGGCGACAGAUCAAGAUCCAGGAGUUCCUCCUGCGAUUCGGACGCUCCAAGCACUAAGAAGAGAAAGAAAUCGAGCACCAAGCACAAGAAAGUUCGAAGCGGCAGCGAAUCUCGCUCCUCAUCUCGCAAGAAAAAAAAUGCGUCAGAAAGACACAAAACGAAAAAACGCGAAUCCAUGUCGAAGUUUUCGGACGAAAAAAAGAGUAGAAGGUCUCCUAGCAGUAGUGAUGAUAGUGAAAGCGACGAUAGUGGUUCCAGCGGGGUCGGCUCUACUGACUCCGAGGAAGAGAAGAGGCUAAAGCGGAAGAGGAAGCGACGAGCAGAGAAGGAUGCGAAGAAGAAGAAAAAGAAGUCGGGGAAAAGUGCAGAGACGGGCUUGAAACAAGUUGUAACUGCUUCAGCAUCAACACCUAUUGGCAGCAAAACUGUUGGACCGACAGCAGAUGUAAAAGGAACAGAAGGCAAGCAGCAACGUGGGCCAAUGACAAAGGAAGAGUGGGAAAGACAACAAAGUAUUGUUAGAAGAGUUUACGAUCCUGAUACUGGCAGACACAGGUUAGUGAAGGGAGAUGGCGAGAUUAUAGAGGAAAUAGUCAGUAAAGAGAGACAAAAGGCCAUCAAUAACGCAAGCAACCGUUGGAGAUGGAACGUCAUUCGCAACAAGGUCUUAGAAAACUCUUAUAAAACGUUCUUGACUAAAUGGAUUACGUAAUGUUACAUACCGAUCACUCGAAUUGAAGCGCACUCUGAGCGAAAUUAUGAGAGGAGUUGGGAUCGCUAAACUCGCCGAGUAGGUGCCUUCUGCAGGCUCCAUGGCGUUCAGGGGAGGUGUAAGCAAAGGCUAUAGUGGGAGGCUCCAAGAUGCACAUCCCUAAGAAGAAAGCGACCGUGUCGUACGUCAUUCGUGACGAGGAGGAACCGUUGAACCGCUCGGGAGUGAACGCCCUGAGGGUAGACCCGCAGGCUCGCCGGCUCUACAGCGCCGGCCGAGACUCCAUCAUAAGAUGCUGGGAUAUCAGUUCGCACGAUGGAUAUAGAUAUGUUAGGUCACUGGAGCACCACACCGACUGGGUCAACGAUAUUGUACUCUGCAUGGAUGGCAGCUACAUAAUGUCCGCAGCCUCAGACAUAACACUGAAGCUGUGGGACUCACGUCGCGGUGCCUGUACCUCGACCCUUCGUCAGCAACAGGACUACAUCAGGUGUCUGGCGUACUCGAGACAUAGAGAGCAGGUGGCUAGUGGUAGUCUGGACCAUUCCAUCUACCUCUGGGACCUCAAGACUCUUACUUCACUCACCUCCACCAACAACAAAGUCACCACCACAUCCCUGAGAGGUCAAAAGGACUCGGUCUACUCUCUGGCAAUGAAUGAGGCAGGAACUGUGCUGGUAGCUGGUGGCACUGACAAGGUUCUCCAAGUGUGGGACCCCAGAACAGAUGAGAAGAUGAUGCGACUCAAAGGCCACACUGACAACGUCAGAGCUCUUCUCCUUAGCCCCGAUGGCACCACAUGUGUAUCAGGUAGUUCAGACGGGACAGUGCGACUGUGGUCCCUGGGCCAGCAGAGGUGCAUCGAGACAUUCAGGAUGCACGAGGAGGGAGUGUGGGCUCUGGCCGCCGACGAGGUGUUUCAGACUGUCUACUCCGGAGGCCGGGACAAGAAGGUGUACGCCAUUGAGCUGAACCAAGGUGUGGACGGGAGUAUGCUGUUUGUUGCCGAUGCACCGGUGCUGUGUUUGACCCCUGACCUCUGUGACCCGCAAGAGUCUCUCUGGGUUGCCACCACCGAGUCCUCCAUCUCCAAAUGGACAUUUGAUCCUGAGGCUUGUGACGAUGAGGAGGAGGAGGAAGAGGCUGGGGAAGAGGGAGAGGUGAGAGUGGGUGAGAGAGGAGGGGAGGAGAGGGAGGUGGAGAAGGAGGGAGAAGAAGGGGAAGAAGAGGAGAGUGUGGAAGUAACCGACAUUGAUGAGUACGCCCCGUCCUGUCUCAUGAAGAGAACUGUACUCAUUCCAGGAGGUCCCAGUAUCAGAGAGUACCGGAUUCUAGAGGACAGACAGCAUGUCCUGACCAGAGACUCCAACGGUCACGUCCAGCUCUGGGACAUCCUCCAUGCGGUAAAGGCUGCAGGUCUUGGUGAAGUUGACUUGGAGGAAGAGGUGUCCAGGAGAAAGUCUCCGCUCUACAUUCCCAACUGGUUCUCUGUCGAGAUCAAGACUGGAAUGCUGAACAUCCGGCUGUCAGAGAGUGACUGUUUCUCGGCCUGGGUCAUGGGAGCUAAUGUCAAACUCGACACUGCCACCCCAGACCUCAAAUUAAAUCUUGGAGCGACUGCAGUUGAGAGCUCUGUUUGAGCACUGGCCCAGCGCCCGGCCCAUGGUUGCUGCACCUGACACCCCCCGCCAGCAGGAUGGGGAGGGGGAGGAGGGGAGGAGGGAGGGAAAUGGGAAGAAGGAAGAAGAUAUUCCUAUGGAGAAUGAAAAUGGGAAGGAGGGAGAGGGAGAGAGAGAGGACGGGAAGAGAGGAAGAAGUGGGAGCCAAAGAAGAAAGUGAAAAUGACGUCAUUGAGGAGAAGAAAAUAGAAAAUGGAGUCAAACAAUCGAAAGAAAAGGACGUAAAAAAUAAGAAUCUUCUUCCGCUGCCACCAAAACUGGAGCAGUUGAUGAGCGAGUGCGAAGAGGUGGAGCAGUGGGUGGAGCUUGGCGCCACCCUCCGCAUGACCCAGAGUGACCUGGACAGCAUCGAGCACUCCCACGGGGAAGACCCUGCUCGUUGCAGGAGGGAACUCUUCAAGCUGUGGCUGAAGCUGACGGAAGAUGCCAGCUGGUUGUCACUAGCAACAGCUCUGGAGUCCACGGGUCACUCCAAACUGGCCGUGACAGUGAGGAACAAGUACCUCAGAACCCCGCCCACUUCGUCGUCCCAGACUCCGCCCCCUUCGUCAUCCGAAACUCCGCCCCCCUCUCCUGCCACCCUUCCCCCUUCUACUACUACUAAUACUACUGUAAAUGGCACCAAUACUGACAAAGUGAACAUAAAGUUCUUCUCAGUACCGCCCCACACUCCAGUAAUACUGGCCGAGUCAGGUGACUGUGCCACCACGCUCGUCAGACUACUGUGUAGGGAUGCUGGCGGACACAUUGAGACCAGACAGCUCAACAACUGCUGCCCCAUAUGGGUCAUGGACACUGUCUGUCAGAGAAAGCUCCCAGACCAUCCAAAGGUCAACUUCAGUGUCGGGAAGUAUGUCUCGAGCAGUGGAACCAAGGACAAAAAGAACUCUAAAGGAGUUGAUCGUCUGUCGGCUCACGAUGUCAUAACUGUCAGAAAGUUGUUGGAAUAUGUGUACAGUAAGCUAGAGCCCAAGGCCGAGGCGGUGGAGGACGGUGCUGGUAAUCACCUCUUUGAAAUGCUCUGUCAAGAUCAGGUUCUCGAUUUGGACCUUGAUUUGAGGACAGUGAGAUUCAAGUACUGGAAGUCGGGCGGAGACAUGAGACUGUACUACAGAGAGGCACCGAGGAAGAAGGAGGCGUUGGAGGGGA